AUGGUGGUAAUACACUUUUCUCGCUCAGACUUGACGGAUACAGACGGCUUCAGGCACAACCCUCCCUUGGAUGCAAGCCACUCCAUUGAAGUGUUACCCACAUUUAAGCAGUGCCUCGAGGACCAUCGCUUGUGUGAGGCCAGCCAGCUGCUGAUAAAGAGAGAGGAUAAAUUGUUUGGGGAGAUAACAGACGCAGAGGCAGUCAAACAUCAGGAGGAAGAAGUAGAAAGGCUUGCUUCAGACCGCAGAGACCUGGAGGAUCUCAUAAAGAAGAUUCUGAAUCAGUCCCUCAAAACAGAAGUCAACGCUGAAGCUCUAAAAUCUGCUGUGAAGGCCAUCUGCCAGGAGGAGGAGCAGGACCAGCGGUGGAAGCAGAGGGAUGGGACAUCGCCAGUCUGGAGGCCGAGCGAAUGGAAGAAGCUCCAUGACUCGACCCUUUACAGCUUGGUGAAAGAGCGAAUGGAUAACCCCCACAACCCCCCUGCAGACUUUGGGGAGCAGUCAUCUCUUCAGGUGGAUGUCUGUGGAAUGGGCAAGCAGCUGAAACAGGACCUGCAGUGGGUGGUGGAUGUGGUAAAGAGCUGCUACCCGCCAGAGAUGCACAUCUGUAAUUCCUACGCCAGGUGGUACCAUCAAUUCUUCAGCGCCAGACUCAGACAGAUCACAGAGUUUGGUCUAGAAAACAAGGACUGCACUUUCCUCCUGCGCUGGGUGAACGAGUUUUAUCCAGAAAUCCUUCAGAAGCUGGGCAAUGACAUCGAUCAUGAAGCUCUGGGGAAGCUGCUGCCUGAAAACUUACUGGAACCUCUGGAGAAGCAAUUCCUGCACAAGCAACAGAGUGAGCUGACAACCUGCAUCGACCGUAUGCUGAAGGAAACACAAGAAAAAUGGGAUAAAGGAGAGGUUCCCAAAAAAGAGGACGACUGCUUUGUCAAUACAAUGUCCUUCGACGCCAUUCAGCUUAUCAAUGGUAAUGUGACUGCAGCAGGAAGAAUUGUGGGAGAUCAACGCAAGGCCCAGAAUCUAACACGGCCACUGAUAAAUUUACUAGAAAGGUUCAAGACCUUUCAAGAUGACAUCAUGGAGCCAAGCAAGCUGAAGGGCAAGUCAAACAGGAAGCCAGACAGCAAGCCAGACAGCAAGCCGUUCAUCAAGGCGAACCUCGGCUGUGUCAAACAGUUCAGGGAGUUCCUUGAUAAGAAGAGCGAUCUGUUCCCGGAGGAUGUUCGGGAAAGCUGUUUGUCUAUCCUGAAUGACAUGAAAAAAUCUGCCCACAUGUAUUUACUAAGUCCCAUGCACGAGGCCCUCAAGCCAGAGUACGGCAAACUGGGAACUAGUGACUGGCUGAAUAAACCAACACCGUUUGAUAAUCUGCUGUCCAGCAUUGAACAAAAGAUUGGGGAACUUCAAGGUUCAAUUGAAUCGUGUCACCAGGAGCUGAUUGGCCAGCUUCACCAGGAAGUGACAAUAGAAUAUGUGAGGAGGCUCCUGAAAGGUGAAGUCAAACUGAAGAAUAAGGAGCAGGAAGAGAAGGCCUACAAGACUGUGACAGACAACGCAGAGUUUUUGCACAAAUUUUUCAGCGAACAGGGAUCCAAAGAGGACUGGUUGAAGGAUGUCCUGAACAAGAUUGCUGAAGUGCUGAAACUCCAAGACCUUCCCAACAUUCAGAUGGAAGUAUCACUUCUGGCAGCUGAUUGUCCUGACCUCAGUGAAAAGCAUGUUUCGGCUCUGUUGAAGCUCAGGACGAACCUCACCAAGGCCAACAGGAAGGCCGUCAAAGAAACUCUGUCAGACACGCUGAGAGAAAUCAACACUCCCAGCGCUAAACAACCUUUUUUCUCUGAAAUUAAGCUCUAA